AUGGGGAAGCGAGAUAAUCGAGUGGCCUAUAUGAAUCCUAUAGCCAUGGCCAGAUGGAGAGGCCCAACUCAAUCUGCAGGGCCAACAAUACAAGAUUAUCUGAAUCGGCCAAGGCCCACCUGGGAAGAAGUAAAGAAACAAUUGGAAAAUAAAAAGAAAGGUUCCAAGGCAUUAGCUGAAUUUGAAGAAAAAAUGAAUGAAAAUUGGAAGAAAGAACUUGAGAAAAGCAGAGAGAAAUUGUUAAGUGGAAAUGAGAGCUCAUCUAAAAAAAGAGAAAAAAAGAAAAAGAAAAAGAGGAAAUCUUGUCGAUCUUCGUCCUCUCCUUCAUCAAGCUCUGAUUCUUCAACCAGUUGUUCAGAAUCUGAGGAUGAGGAAAAGAAACAAGGAAAAAAGAGAAAGAAAAAGAAGAGCCGUUCAUACAAAUCAUCAGAAAGCUCUAUGUAUGAAUCAGAAUCAGAGAGCAAAGAAUCUGUGAAAAAGAAAAAGAAGUCAAAGGAUGAAACAGAGAAAGAAAAGUAUAUUAGAAACCUCAGCAAAAAAAGAAAGAAGACUCAUCCUGAGGAUAAACCUUUGUCAUCUGAGGCCUCAUCAGAAUCAGAUUAUGAAGAGGAAGUGCAAGCAAAAAAGAAGAGAAAACAUGAGGAGCAAGAAAAAGCAAUGGAAAAAGUAAAGAAAAAGAAGAAGAAACAGCACAAGAAACAUAGUAAGAAGAAAAAAAAGAAGUCUGGUUCAAGUCAUAAAUCAGGAUGA